AAUCCUUGUUUUGAUUUUUUUUUUGUUUUGUUUUGUCUUCGUUGUUGUUCGGAUUUUUUUUCUGAUUUUUUUUGAAGUCUUAAUCAAAAUGCUCGAUAUACCGGACAUUCGUUUCGAUGUUAAUCAUCUACCAUUUCGAUCAUUCAUACCACAGAUUCAAAAAGAAUAUAUUAAAGAUCCGGAAAAUUAUAAUAAAAAACGUGAUUUUCUAAUCAAUUAUUUCUAUUCAAAACCAGAUUAUGCUGUACCGCAUGAAAAAUUAUUUUAUAGUACAUGUUUUGGUUUAAAAGCUGGUACUAUUUAUGGUACAUUUGAAGUUUGUGCCGCUGAAUUAGGACGAUGGAAACCAUCGAUCAUAAUGUUUGCUAAACGUGUAUCAUUGCUUACUGCAUAUUUUGCAACGUAUGGUGCUGUAUCAAAUGCAGCGGCUAAUUUACGUGGCCAAAAAGAUGAUCUUCUUAAUCAUGCUAUCGGUGGUGGAUCACUUGGUUUUAUCUAUGGUUAUAUGGCAAAAUCAUCUGCAGCCGGAUCAAUAGCCGGUGUUAGUUGUGCAUUAAUAGCAAUGGCAUGUAAAACAUUUUCACAAAGCAAUAGUUAUAUAUUUCAUCCGGAUAUGGAAAAACUACAAGAACGUGGUAGUAUUUAUGGUAAUCCUGAUUUAAGAUUUUUCCAUGAUCAAGAAUUAAAAGAACGAAGACAACAUUAUCUACUCGAAGAUGCAUAGAAAAGCAAAAAAAUUUUUAUUAUUUCAAUCAAACAUUAUUAUUCAAUUCAUUCAAUGAAACAAGCAAACAAACAUUGC